UUUCGUUCAGCCGUUCCGCUUGGUCUUGGGACCAACAUCCAAGAUGUGAUGGAUAAUCAACCAAACGGCACUGCUCCUCUGUUCAAGAGUAUUCUGGCCAUCGAUAUUAUACAUUGCGUAGCGUGCUCAGCCGCCAAGAUAGCAGUUCUCGCCAUGUACUACCGUCUUUUCUCAGCUUCAAAGGUUUUGCGGUGCUGGGUAUGGGGAACAACGAUUGCAAUCUUGUUGUGGCUCAUUGCUGUGAUUUUGGUCAGCACUUUCUCGUGUUUGCCCGUAGAGUAUCACUGGGACAAGUCCCUUCCUGGUACCUGCAUGGGAAUCAGCAAAGUAGGGAUUUUGUUCCCGAACAUCAUUUUCGACAUCAUAGCCAUGGUCCUCCCCAUCAACGAGAUAUGGAGGCUGCAGAUGCCACGAACCAAGAAGGCGGCACUCACGGGCAUCUUUCUAAUCGGGGGCAGGUGUGUAAAUGCCUUCAUCAGACCACGUUUUCUCCGAGGUAAUAACUGACUUUCGUCAGCGUCAUCCUCAUCUCCAUCUCCCGGCCGCUCCUCUUCUGGAUCUUCCGCCCCGUGCCCGGCAUAGCGCACAACGUCAGCCAGACCACCAUCUUCCCCUACACGGCAUCGGCCGCGGAAGUCUGCCUCGACAUCAUCGGUGCCUGCCUACCGCCCUGCGCU